AUGCUGGAUGAAAAUCUGCCAACUUUUUUUGUCAAACCAUCUAACGUCAAACUCAAAUUCAAUUCUACCUUCCUUUUCGCGCAGCAUGGUGCCGAACCUACACCCGUCUAUACACUCCGACACCUCGACCCCUCACUCCCAGGGUCCAAGAACCGCUAUGCUGCGGGCAUAUAUGAUGCCUUCUCUCCUGAUGUCCUUUAUGCGGAGGUCCUUUUGAUCCCGAAAUGGACACACCCGUCAUUGUCGCAAGAAGCCAUUCGGCAGAAUGGCGGGGUUCCUCCCCCUCCAGAACCUAUACUCCCAAAUGAGUUCGUAAUACAGCUGUACAAUCCAGACCAACAGGUACUUGUUCGCCACAGGCCGAAGACGUGGAACUCUGCCGCUUCAUGGGAGUUUGAAAUGCCGCAGCAGACGUUCAGACAACCUUCCAGCUCGAAACUCGAUCGGACAAUGAGUGAUCCGGCCGCCUCUGAUAUCACGCCGAAACUAAAGUUUAUCUGGCGCAAGGAUGGGAAGCUCUCGAAGGAUCUUGGCUGCUAUAUGUCGGGAAAGAAACUAGACGAUAAAAAGGGCAAAGAGCCCGAUAUCACGGUAGCCAUAUUACGUGGAUUUAAAGAGGUGACGUUAUACGAGCCGAAUCUUUAUCGUGUAGAAAUCGAAGACUUCAAGGGACUGGAGGUGGUCCUGCUCCUAGGUGCCAUUGUUAUUCGGGACGUAUAUUUUGGCCAUAUAGCCGAGACUUUUCACAUCUCCGACCCACCCAACCCCAACAGCUUACCUGGUGAAAUGACCAGCUCUUCCCAGGAACCAAAGAAAUAUGCAAAUCAGAUACAACCACCUACCACACCCCAAAGACCCCAAGCUCCCAUACCUGAACGUCAAACCCUCCCACCGCCAGCUGAUCCCCGCACGCAAUGGGAAAUCGACGCAGAAACUGCCAGAUUGAAGAAACAAGCAGAAGCAGAAGCCAAGGAACGCCGCCGCCGCGAGAAAGAGGCGGAGAAAGAGACCAAACGGCUGCUAGAAGCGGAGCAACGGGAAGCGAGACAAAGACAGGCUGCGAUCGACCAAGAAACAGAGCGCCUCAAGAAAAUUUAUGGGCGUGAGGAAGCCCAACUUAGAAAACAAUUCUCACAGACCCCUCAAGCUCCGAGGCCUAAUCCACCCCCACGACCUGCACCUACCAAUCCCCACUCCGCUGCACACAACCGCUAUUCUUCCUACAUCCCUGCCCCGUCACACACUUUCGCACCACCGCAUUUUGGAGUUCAGCGGCUAUCGAACCCUCAGUUGAAGGAGAGGCGAAGUAUUUUUGGUCUUUUUAAGAAAGAGGAUGGUCGUAACAACACACUAAGUAGGAAAAGAAGUUCUAUGUUUUAA